UCUCUCUCUCUCUCGCCACCUUCCAAAACAAACAACAAUGGACGACCUCCCGAAAUGCGAAACGAAUUAUGUCCCGCUCACACCUCUCACAUUCUUGAAGAGAGCCGCUUCCGUGUACGCCGACCGGACUUCUGUUGUUCACGAAUCCAGCCGCUUCACAUGGCGCCAAACCCACGAGCGCUGCCUACGCCUCGCCUCGUCGCUCCGUUCUCUCAAUGUUGUCAAGAACGAUGUGGUAUCUAUCCUAGCUCCAAACAUUCCGGCCAUGUAUGAGAUGCACUUUGCCGUGCCGAUGGCUGGCGCGGUUCUCAACACCAUAAAUACCCGUCUAAACGCCAACAACAUCGCUACCAUCCUCCGCCACUCUGGAGCCAAGGUCUUCUUCAUCGAUUGCAAGCACAUGCCGGUGGCUCGCGAGGCGCUCACAAUGCUCUCAGCCACCGGUUACUACUUACCCUCAGUCAUCGACAUUGACGACAUUAACUCGCCGACCGGUGUUCGAAUUGGCGAUUUGGAAUAUGAGGAUCUCAUUCGGAAGGGUGACCUGGCCUAUGUCCCCGAGGAGCUUCGAGAUGAGUGGGACCCCAUCGCGCUCAAUUACACUUCUGGGACGACAUCGGAGCCGAAAGGAGUGGUGUACAGCCACCGAGGAGCCUACCUCAGCGCCCUCGGCUUGAUCCUCGGGUGGGAAAUGCGAAGCGAGCCGGUGUAUCUGUGGACCCUGCCGAUGUACCACUGUAACGGAUGGACCCUCACGUGGGGCAUCGCCGCCCGUGGCGGGACCAAUGUGUGCCUACGCAAUGUUACUGCGCUUGACAUUUACCGGAACAUCGUUGCUCACAGGGUCACCCAGUGCUGCGCUCCAAUCAUCUUCAACAUCCUCCUUGAGGCCAAACCCCACGAACGCCGGGAAAUUGUUGCCCCCAUAGAGAUUCUCACAGGCGGUGCUCCGCCGCCACCGGCCCUAAUCCUAAAGAUGGAGUCUCUCGGCUUCCACACCACGCAUGCAUACGGGCUAACCGAAGCCACCGGGCCAGCCCUGGUCUGCGAGUGGCAGGCCAACUGGAACCACCUGCCGCCAUUGAAGCAGGCAGAGCUCAAGGUGCGCCAGGGAAUCAGCGUAUUAUCACUCGCUGAAGUCGACGUCAAGGACUUGGACACAAUGAGGACUGUUCCUCAUGACGGCAAAUCCAUGGGAGAGAUUGUUUUGCGUGGGAGCAGCAUCAUGAAAGGCUAUUACAAGGACCCGGAAGCAACAGCAAAGGCUUUCCAAAAUGGGUGGUUCCUCACCGGAGACGUUGGAGUCGUCCACCACGACGGUUACUUGGAGGUAAAGGACCGGUCGAAGGACGUGAUUAUUUCCGGUGGGGAAAACAUCAGCAGUGUCGAGCUAGAGAACGUGCUCUAUCGGCACCCUAGGGUCUUGGAGGCGGCGGUGGUGGCAAUGCCACAUCCGCGGUGGGGGGAGAGUCCAUGCGCGUUCAUCAGCAUUAAGAAGAACUCCAAAGGUGAAACUCACGACGUGAAAGAAGCGGAGAUCCUAUCUUUUUGCAGGAAGAAUCUUCCAAGUUUCAUGGUUCCAAAGAAGGUGGAGUUCAUGCCGGAGUUGCCCAAGACUUCCACAGGCAAAAUCCAGAAGUUUCAGUUGAGGGCCUUGGCGAAGACAAUCGUCGUCUCGGAGGAUGUUCCCACCACCUCACGUGCAUUGUCUCGUCUUUGAAAUCAGAUAGAAGUUGUCAUGAUGCGUUUUUCUUUUCUUUUUCCCGCCAAUAAUUGCUUUAUGUUUUGAGCUUCGGAUUCAUUGUUAGUCUUUUCCAAACAAUAAUGCUAGAGAGACGAAGAGUGGUUUAUUGCAA